AUGACGACAACUGCAACAAUUCAAGAUUUUAAUAAUUCAAGAUUUUCCUCGACGAAAUUGUCUGAAAUUGUGACGGUAAGAUUGAUUUCGAAAUUCAAAAUGAUAUCAUUUUUUCUUCAAAAAAAAGCAAAAAGCAAUGAAAAGGGAAAGGAAAGCACUUUUCUUUGUAAUAUGAUAGUUUUUCCUUUUUGUAAAUACAAAUUUAUUCCAUAAAAAGUAAUGUACUUUUUUGGUUUACAAUUGGUUUUUGAAAAGAAAAAUUAUGGGGUUUUUUGUGAUAUUUGGGUGAAUUUAUGAAGAUGUUUUACAAAAAUGUUUAAUUUAAUUUCAAAACAAAAGAAUUUAAAUGCUGUCUGAAAAUGUAUCUUAUGUGAGGAAAUUUCAUAUUUGAUUCAAAUUUGAAAAGCUUUGUCGAAUUUCUGGAAUUUUUCAAAAGGUUCAGAAAUUCACCGCUGAUUAUAAAAUUUUCAAAAUUCUUACCAGAUUCUCCUUAUAAAUAUUCCCUUUUCUAGAUGUCUGAUUCGACUGAUUCAUCAAUAUCAAAUACUUCUCCAAUAUCUGAACAACCUGAAACAUCAGCCUCCUCACAACCUCAAAUCGAAGAUGAUGAUCCAGCUCAUGUAUAUACAAAUAUUCGAGAAAUUGAAGAUGCAAAUAGUCGACCAAUUCCACCAACUCCAAAAGAAGAUGCACAACCAAAACGAGAUUUGCAAAAUGGAUGGUUUGAAUAUGAAACUGAUUUUGGGCGCACGUUUUUCUAUAAUCAAGAUACGGGAAAAAGUCAAUGGAUUCCGCCGAGAAUGAUAAGAACACCAGCGCAAGUUCAGGCAUUUUUGAGAGCUACCAAAAGUGAUAUUGAUGAAAAAUGCACAUUUGAAGGACCAUCUUCUUCGUCGGUUUCAAGUUCUGAUGAACAAAAAGAGAAUAAAGAGGUAAUUUUGGAUUGAUUCUUGAGAAAAAGUAAGGGGACUGCUUAUAUGAUAUAAAAAAAUUUAGCUCACCUUUGAAUAUUUACAAACCCGUAAUUAAAAAUAACUUAAAAAAAUGUUUUUCUUUGAAAAAUAUAAAGUUUGUUUGAGCUUCAUCUGAUAAUAUUGGAAUUUCAUCAAAAAAAAAUCUAAUUUGCAUCGAAAAAAUUGCUCAAAAUAAUCCUGUAACACUCGAAAAAUAAGCUAUUAAAAAACAGCCCGAAUUUUAUACGUUUCAAAAAUUGUUGUUUUCAAAUUUUAUGACUUAAAAGUAGUUCAUUCAUUCAUAUUUCUUGAAUAAUAAUUCCGAAGUUAGAACAUUUAUCCCUUCUCUCAAAAUCAUAUUUCAUUUUCAGACUCUAAUCGAUUUCCGCAAAUCGUCAAUCGAAGAUGAAGAAGUUUUUGAUGAAGUUUGUGAAGAAGACGAAGAAGUUGUUGAAACUCGCGAACCCGAUGACGAUUUUUCGGAUGAUGAUUUUGAAGAAGAAUCGGAUGAUGAACAACCAAAUCAUGCAAUGAUGCCACAUCCAAAUCCAGAGAAACCAUAUUUUGUAAGUUCGAAAAGAGGUUGGCUCAGGGAGUUUUCAAAAAUUGCUUCCAAAAAUCUCCUUGAUUUCCAGAUUCCUCCGGAUGCUUCCACUCCAAUUUCUGCAUCAUCAAUAACCAGUCGAAGAAUAUCACCGACAAGUUUUCGAUCAGUUUCAUUUCAAAAUAAAUGCACAGUUUUGAAGAAUGUUCCAAUGCCACAUGUUUUGCCAACAUCUUCGAGUUUGGAUCGAACACCGGAUAGAGGAAAUUAUGAUGAUUCGGAUUGUGAAACUACGGUACGUGCUUUGGAAUUAGAAAUUUUGAAAAAUGUUAUGUUUUAAUUGAAAAAAUCUACAUCUGUAUGAACUUGCUUCAUUUACAUUUUUAACUUAAAAAUUGUAAUUCUUAUUUUUUUUUUAAUUUUGAAAAAAUGAAUGAAAUCUCUCGAUUUGAAAUUAAACUUGACAAAUUGUUUCUCUCAAAAAAUCAAGUUUAUAUUUUCCCUCUCAGUUUUCCCCCCUAUCAAUCCACUUUUUUCCAGCUCCUUUCAAAAUGCCAAGAACGUCGUGGAAGCAGUGAAAGUCGUGAACCAGUUAGAACAAUAAAAUGUGGAAGUAUGGAAAGAAGUGAUCAUAUUUCAGAUGAAAAUAUAAAAAUAAAAAAACGAGAAUGGCUCACAAAUUAUAUGUAUUUGACAAGUGCUCAUUUGAUUUUAUACAAGGAUCAAAAAAGUGCUGAGGUUGUUAGUUUUAACUUUCUUCUCGUAUAAUUUUUUUAUCAUUCAAUUAUUUUCAGAAACACGGAAAACAUUACGAUGCUCCAAUGGGUGUUUGGGAUUUGCGAGGUGCAAAAGUGACGUGGAUGAAAAAUGAGACGAAGAAAAAACGAAAAGUUAUCCAAUUGGAAUUGUUGAAUUUGACCAAGUUUUUAUUGAGAACUUCGAAUGAUUCGGAAACUUUUGAAUGGUUUAAAGCACUUGAGGAUGUUGUUAUUAAAUUGGUUAGUGCUUUUUGGGUUUUUUUUUGGUGAAAAUCCAAUAAUGUUAGAAAAAUAGAUUACAAAUCAGAUUCAAAACUCGCUAAUUUUUCCAUUCGAAAAUAAUUUUACAAGAAUUUUUUCUGAAAAAAAUUAUACAAAAUUCAGUUUUUUAACGUUUUCUCCGAUUUAGCUUUUUUUAUUUAUUCAAAAAAAAUUUCCACAUUUUUUGUACCUGAAUCACCCUAUAAGAAAAAUCGUCAAGAAUGAAAAAAAACAAAACUUAUUUUGGCAAAUUUUCGGAUAAUACUUUAAUUAUUGGGCGGAUUAUUCGUUUUUCUUUCCGCCAUGCCACACAACAUUUCACUUGUUAUUUUGUUGUUUGAAAUGUGGCAUACGGCAUAUGUUAAAGUGAGACAAUUGAGUUUGCAAAGAAGUGCUAGUGAGGUAACAUUUUUAGAGUUUUUUUUUGGAAUUUGGAUGAGGUUGUGUGAUUUUUGACGAAAAAUAUAAUUUUCAGCUCGAAAAAUCCCUAAAAAUUCUUGUAUUUUGAAAAAUUGAAUUUUAAUUUCUGAUUUCUCGAAAAAGGUUCACACAAAACGAGGCCUGAUCUGACCUUCUGAAAUGAGAUUCAAAGACAACAAGCCUACAUAAAAUUGCUCGGAUUUUAUAUGUUUCAAAAUUUUCAUGAAUACUUCCGGUGUUUUUCAUUUUUCGAUGAAGUUGAUAAAGAAAAAACAUUCACAAUAAAUUUUGUCUCUAGAAAAAAUCUAUAUUUUUGAUGAACUGAACACAUAGACUCCCUCAAUCUAAAAAAAAUCCACGUUAAAAAUUUCCUGGUUUUUAUACGUUUCAAAAUUUUUAUCAAUAGUUUCAUUGUUUUCAAUUUUUCGAUUGUCUCUCAUAGCAAAAUAGUUCAAAAUUUGUAAUUUUCCUGAAAUCUCAUGCGAGUUCUAAAAAUUAACAUUAAACAACUAAACUUUCAUAUUUUAUCCAAAAAUAAAAUCAUGUAUUUUGCAGCCAACACCUGGUUCUUCAAGUCAAUCUGUAAUCGAUUCAACAAAUGCAAGUGUUGUUAGAAAUCCAUCAUAUUUAGGAAGCACAAGACCAUUAUCACAUGCACUUAUUCCAAUGUAAGUUUUUGAAGAAUGGAUUCUGGUAGAAAAAUGGUUAGAGCAUAAUUUUGAAUAAUCAGAAAGUCUUAAAAAUUUAGAAUUUUGACACAAAAAAGUUUUGCGUAUAGUUUUGAAACUUGGGAACUACGAAUCCAAUUGAUGUGUGGUUUUUCGACAUUUGCUGAAUCGCAUUCAGCCCCAUAACGCUGAAAAUCAAGUUUUUAAAGCUCAAAUCAAUUCUUUGUUUUUGCAGUUCUCGAAGUAUUCGUCGACGCGAUGAUCCAAUGUCACAAUCAGCAAUCGAACCAUCUUCAUCUACAUCAAAUUCAGCAUCUGGAACUGUUGUUGAAGAAUCUCGACCAUCAAAAGAAACGAUACUCGAAAAAUUGAGACGAUUCUUCAGAACUCGACCAACUGUUGAAACUUUGAAAGAGAAGGGAAUUUAUAAACGUGAGUUUUUUUUUGAACAUUCCAGAAUUCUAGACCUAUUUUUUUAGCUGAACCAGUAUUUGGAUCAACUCUUGCAAUCAUUUGCCAACACGAAUCAUCAUUUGUUCCGAAAUUUAUUCGUGUUAUAACUGAAGUUAUCGAAAGUAAAGGAUUAGAAACUGAUGGAAUAUAUCGAGUUAGCGGAAAUCUGUCUGCAGUUCAGAAAAUUCGUUGUCAAGCAGAUCAAGAUAAUUAUAAAGCAUUGGUUGCCGAAGAAGAUAUUCAUGUUUUGACUGGAGCACUCAAGUUGUUUUUCCGAGAAUUGGGAGAACCAUUGUUUCCGAUUGCGUUGCAUAAAGAAUAUACAUCAGCAAUGCGUGAGUGUUUUUUGGAUUUCGGGAAUAGGGGGAUGGUUUGGAAUUCUUCAGUUCCCAGAUAAAUAUCCCAAGGAAAGUUAUAACAAUGUUCAACAUUUUUAAUUCUGUAGCAGAAAGUUUUCUUUCAGAAAUCGCCUAAAAUACGAAAAAUUACCUUUUUUUUAGUUUCUCAUCUGAAAAAUUUCUCUAAUUAACGUUUUAUGAAACUUGAAUAGCUUGAAACUUACUCAUUCGACCAUGUUGAACGAAAUCUGACCUCAAAGAAUGUGGUUUGAAUUUUUUUUUUUGGAAAAUUAAAGAAAUUCUUUUCCAUCAUGCACCCUCAAUUUUUCUUUUUCAGAAACUCCGAACGCAACAAGUCGUUUCAAAAAAUUUGAGGAACUUCUGAAUCGACUUCCGAAUGAAAAUCGCGAAACUCUCAAAGUGUUACUUCGCCAUUUGAAUAGGUAAUUUCAUCUUUUCUUUUUCUUUUUUUCUAUAAAUUAAUCUACCUCCCAAUUCUGCAGAGUCUCCUCACAUUCCUCACAAAAUCGAAUGCAGCAACACAAUUUGGCGAUUGUUUUCGGUCCGACACUUUUUCAUAAUGGAGAUGGAGCAAAUGCGAUCAAUGGAAAGAAUGGGAAAAAAGCGGCGAAGAAGGGAAAAACUGGAAAAAAGGUAAGGAAAUUUUGAAAUAAACUUUGAGGAUAGAAUUCACCUGAAAAUUUGCUAUAAAUUUGACGAAUUUUCGUGAGAAAAUCUUGAGAAUUCACCUAAAAAUUAAUUGUAUUUUCUCUAAAACCUAUCUUGAGAUUUUUGCUCUCGCUAAAUUUUAAAAAUGAAAAUCCAAGCUCUGUGAAUUUUCUUCCGAACUAUUUUCAAUAGAGAACUCUUAGAUUCAAGAUGAAAAUUUUCCGUAAUCAAUCGAAACUACACAAAAAAUGUGCCUAUUUUAUAGCCCCAAACCCUCGCACUCAUUCCCAAAAAAUGUAUUCAAAUUUUAUAUUAUUUACAGGAUGAUCCAGUUUCGGCUGCUCAAGUUCAAUCAAAUUCUCAUUUGGCUUUUAGUAUGAUAAUGCAAUCACAAAUAGUCCAAUAUUUACUCGAAUCGGCCAACAAAUUUGAUAUUUUAAAAUCACCAAUAAAUUAUGGUCGACAAUAA